GUUUGGAACAUGGUAUUCAGCCGGAUGGACAGAUGCCAAGCGACAAGACACUAGGAUCAGGCGAUGACUCCUUCAAUACAUUCUUCAGCGAGACAGGAGCUGGAAAACACGUUCCGCGGGCUGUAUUUGUUGAUCUUGAACCUACAGUCGUUGACGAAGUGCGCACGGGCACAUACCGGCAACUCUUCCACCCCGAACAGUUGAUCACCGGCAAGGAGGAUGCUGCCAACAACUAUGCCCGCGGCCAUUAUACCAUUGGCAAGGAGAUCGUGGACCUGGUCCUGGAUCGGAUUCGUAAACUGGCCGACCAGUGCACGGGCCUACAGGGCUUCCUCAUCUUCCACAGCUUCGGGGGAGGGACUGGCUCUGGAUUCACCUCCCUGCUCAUGGAGCGACUGUCCGUCGACUAUGGAAAAAAGUCCAAGCUGGAGUUCUCCAUUUACCCGGCACCGCAGGUCUCAACCGCAGUAGUAGAACCAUAUAAUUCCGUAUUAACCACCCAUACCACCCUGGAACACUCGGACUGUGCCUUCAUGGUGGACAACGAAGCCAUAUACGAUAUCUGCCGACGUAAUCUGGACAUCGAAAGACCUACUUACACCAACCUCAACAGACUCAUCGGGCAGAUUGUCUCAUCCAUCACCGCGUCACUUAGAUUCGACGGUGCCCUCAAUGUUGAUCUAACAGAAUUCCAGACAAACUUGGUGCCCUAUCCAAGGAUCCAUUUUCCAUUAGCAACUUACGCACCUGUGAUUUCUGCGGAGAAAGCUUAUCACGAGCAGUUGACGGUAUCCGAAAUCACCAACGCCUGUUUCGAGCCAGCCAAUCAGAUGGUCAAAUGCGACCCACGUCACGGCAAGUAUAUGGCGGUGUGUCUCCUGUACAGAGGAGAUGUUGUGCCAAAAGACGUGAAUGCAGCCAUCGCCACCAUCAAGACCAAAAGGACCAUACAGUUCGUUGAUUGGUGUCCCACAGGAUUCAAGGUGGGCAUCAACUACCAACCCCCCACCGUGGUGCCGGGCGGGGACUUGGCCAAGGUCCAGCGGGCCGUCUGCAUGCUGUCCAACACCACUGCCAUCGCCGAGGCCUGGGCCCGCCUCGACCACAAGUUCGACCUCAUGUACGCUAAGAGGGCGUUCGUGCACUGGUACGUGGGCGAGGGCAUGGAGGAGGGCGAGUUCGCGGAGGCCAGGGAGGACUUGGCCGCCCUAGAGAAAGACUACGAAGAAGUGGGCGUGGACUCCAUGGAGGGCGAGGAGGACAUGGCCGGGGAGGAGUACUAAGGGCUCUGUCCUCCGCUCGUCAGCCGCUUUCGUUUUGGGGAUGUCUAUUGGGGAUGUCUACACUUUGUGUGCUAAACCGAAUGCCUGAAUUUAAACUUGAAAAAUAAGAAUGACUUUAGUUUGUUCCUUACUUUGAGUAUCUUCGUUGUAAAUUACACUGAAACACGUGCAUGGAAUAAGUUGCAAUGUUUGUCCUUAUUAACGUUGGUUUUACCAAUCUAUAUAAAUAGACAUUUUUUUAAAACCAAAUUGAAUUUAGCUUAGGGCAACUCUACAGCAAAUGACAGAUCAAUUGCUGCACGAAAUAUCUUAUAGAAACUCCAAAUGUUAGAUCCUUGUUUCAUUGCAUGAACUUUAUGAAGAACAUGGACUACUUCUGUCGAGUUCAAUUAAAUUUUGAAGAUUUAAAGAAGCAAUAAAAUAUAUAAUAUUUCUUUGCUCAGUAACGAAUAUAUCUUUAGUAGUCCCUUACUGAACCAAAAAAAAAAAAAAAAAAAUGCAUUAUAAAUUUCAUGUGAUUCAUGUUUCUUACAAUGAAACGUAUCUAACAUACUUGGAGUCUUUGCAAGGUAUUUUGUGCAACAACUGAUGCGUCUGUUACAGUA